AUGAGAUUUUGUACUCCUUUCACAUUGUUUAUCAUCAUCCUCUGCGUAAGCGUAAUCUACCUUCUUAACUGCCUUGCCAUCUACUUUAAAAUUGGGACCACAGGGAGUAAAGCAAUUCAUCCACAUUUCCCUAACAAAUGCUGUGAGUGGAACGACAGCAUUUUGGCGAACCCAGGAGGCCAAUAUGAGCUACAGCUGUGUUAUAAGAGCCUUCACAGUAAACAUGGCCCUCAUACUGCUACAGCCUUGAUUGAAGAGUCGAAAAUCCGAAUAAAUGGAAGCAGCAGAAGGUUGAAGUUCGAGGAGUUAGCUGAUAUUCCAGAUACCGAGUGGAUGAAGAAUUUUGAUCGUGGUGUCUACCAGCUCUAUCCCCAGGCCGUUCCAAUCAGGGAGAUACUACAAUCACUCAUCAGUGGCAAACCGAUUUUACAGCCUCCCAUCUUCAAUCCACGAAUACGAUUUCUCCAGGUUCCUUUCAAUUCCUGCUCUCCUCUAACACCCGCACAGAUCAAAAAUGGGCUUAUUAAUAAAUCGCCUCAUCCGAAUGUGGUGAUAAUUUACAAGUCCGGCGUCUAUAAUUUUGAAGCGAGAAGUGACAUACGCAGGCUCUACAACCUUUCUCAAGCAAAUAUCACCAUCCAACUUAUCUUCUCCAUUGGACUGCCGCGAACUUCGCUAGGAAACGUGUUUCAGCGCGAUGGAUUUAAUAUAACCCUCACAAACAGGGCAGGUUAUAAGCUGCUGGCAUAUUCGCGUUCUCCAUCUGAGAUGAAAAGAAGACUUUUCAAAGAAAUGUACGAACACAACGACCUACUUCUUGGUGACUACGAAGACUCCUACUACAACUUGUCGCUAAAACUCUUUCACACAUUUCAGUGGGCCGCUCGGUUUUGCCGGCCCUACAAACCGAUCUUUGCCUUUCUUGACGACGACUAUGCCGUGAAUACCAAAAAAUUGGCCAGCUUUGUUCGCGACUUAACGCCAGAACUAAGGGAAAACCUGCAUCAUGGUUACGACGUAACUGUGAAUCCUGUCUUUCGGUAUUUCGAUCACCAAGGUCCAGAUGGGAACUGCUGUCCUGAUGGCUGA